AGUCAAUGGAGAUGGAAAUCUCUAAUGGUUUCCUCGUCCAUUUUAUUAUGUCAUCUUUGCCUCCCCAAUUUGAUCCAUUUAUGAUCAACUAUAAUGCGAUGGAUGUUAAAUGGGAGAUUGAUGAAAUGAUGGCGCGAUGUGUGCAAGAAGAAGAAAGGCUUAAGGCUGACAGAAUUGAUCAUGUUAAUCAGUUUGGUCAUUCACAAAAGAAGAAGUAUAGAAAAUUUGUGAAUGAAUAUGUGAAGCCCAAGCCUUAUAAGUUCAAGGAAAAAGGCCAAUCCUCAAAAGGUUCACAACAAAAGAAGCCAGAAAAAGCGCCUAAUGCUGAAGGAAAUAAUUCCAAUGCUUGCCACUUUUGUGGAAAAGGUGGGCAUAGGCGAAAGGAUUGUUUUGGCUUCAAGAGAUGGCUCAAAGAAAGAGGGAUUCAAUAUGAGGAAGACCCUAAAAAGAGGGGAAAGAACAAUUAGAGUUGCUAAUGGUGUUGAAGCUUAUGCUGAGGCUAUUGGAGACU